CCGGUCUCCGUCGGUCUUUGUUCUCCGGGGACACUCUGUCCUCUGGCGCCGGUCCAUCGGAACCUUCCCGCCUCUGUGAGCCGGACCGGGAGCGGAGGAGCCGGUGCUGGUCCGGUUCCGUCCAGAUGGAUUUUACUUAACGGUCCGGAACUCUGUCUGCGGGGAACCGGGACAAGGGGACGGAACCCUUUAACCCAGUUCGGUUCGGCUCCGUUUUGCAGAACUCUUUCUGGCGUUGGGCCACUGUCGGACCUAUUCACUGGGUUUUAAUGCCGUGCGGACCGGAGAACUGGGCUGGACAGUUCGCUAAACUGUGUUUGGAUCAGAGUUCAAGUGGAAAAAGUUCUGCUGCAGGUGAAUUGGACUCGGUAUCGGUUCGGUAGGCUGACUGGGUCCCGGAAAGCAGGCUACAACCGGACCGGUUUACAAGGACUGGGUUCUAGUUCGUGGUCCUGUUUUAUUGAAAAUGGGUUCAGUCUGGACUGGGUGUACUGGUACCCAGUAGAUGCACUUCCUGGGUCGAAGGUCAAGCUUGUCCUGAACUAAAAAAAACAUCUGGUUCUGUUCUGGUCCAAAUCAGGUUAAGUCAAACAUAGUUGGAUUUAGUCCAGGAUUUAAGAAGCUUGAGUACAAAACCAGGUUUGGUUCUGGUGUGAAUUGGGUUAAUCCCGGUCUAAUAUGGGUUUUGUACCGGUGUAAACCGGUUUCAGUCCAGGUCUAAACCGGGUUUGGUUCUGGUCUGAAUUGGGAUAAUCCCGGGUUUGAACCCAGGUUUAACCUGGGAUUAACCUCGGAUUAGGCCAUCCGUGGCCCGGUUCGGUUCUGCUGUCCUCCAGAACAUGGCAGAACUCGCGCAGACCUCGCCCUCGCUGUGCUGCUGCCGGAAGGCGCUGCCGGUGUCCGGCGGUCGCUGCGCCGGUGAACCCAAGCCGCCCUCGGCCGGCGCCGCGCGCUGCCCCCUGGUGGACGUGGCGUCGGCCUCCAACUUCAGGAGCUUCCGGCUGCGCCACUUUCACCUGGACCUGCGGCUGAACUUUGCAGCGAAGGAGAUGAGCGGCUGGCUGGUUCUGGACCUGGUUCCGGUCCAGCCGGGGGUCAGCGCCCUCGUACUGGACUCCCACCCGUCCCUGUUGAUCCACUCCAUAGACUGUAAGGUUCCCGGAGACGGGCCGGAGGAGCCGGCGUCCCUCACCUACCGGGUCGACCCGUUCACCGACUACGGGUCCUCGCUGGUCAUCAGCCUGCCGGCCGGAGCGGUGCAACCCGAACAGCUGAUCCAGGUGACCGUCCGCUACACGACCACGGACGGCCCGGCGAUCUGGUGGCUGGACUCGGAGCUGACCUGUGGUCAGUCCCGUCCUCUGGUCUUCACUCAGGGACACUCGGUGUGUAAUCGCUCCUUCUUCCCGUGUUUCGACACGCCGGCGGUGAAGAGCACCUACUCCGCCUCCAUUCGGGUUCCGGACGGCGUGACGGUUCUGAUGAGCGCUUCCCGGAGCUCUUACUCCAAACUGGACCGGAUCUUCCAGUUCUCCAUGGAGUUCCCGGUCCCGUCCUACCUGGUGGCGCUGGUGGCCGGAGAGCUGCAGCACGUGGACAUCGGGCCCAGGAGUCGUGUGUGGGCGGAGCCUUGCCUGCUGUCCUGCGCCGUGAAGAAGCUAGGGGGCAGCGUGGAGCGCUGGCUGGGCGUGGCAGAGGACCUGUUUGGCCCGUACCUGUGGGGCAGGUGUGACAUCGUCUUCCUGCCGCCUUCCUUCCCCAUCGUUGCCAUGGAGAACCCGUGCCUCACCUUCAUCAUCGCCUCCAUCCUGGAGAGCAGCGAGUUCCUGCUGAUCGACGUCAUCCAUGAGAUCGCGCACGGCUGGUUCGGGAACGCCGUCACCAACGCCACCUGGGAGGAGAUGUGGCUGAGCGAAGGCCUGGCCACGUACGCGCAGCGCCGCAUCACCACGGAGGCGUACGGUGAGGCCUUCACCUGUCUAGAGACUGUGGUCCGACUGGAUGCUCUGCACAGACAGCUGCGUCUCCUUGGAGACAACAACCCUGUGAGCAAGCUUCAGGUCAAGUUUGAGCCAGGUGUGAACCCCAGCACGCUGAUGAACCUGUUCACCUAUGAGAAAGGCUUCUGCUUCGUGUCGUACCUGUCCGAGCUCAGCGGCGACAUCCGGCGCUUUGACAGCUUCCUCAAGGACUACAUCUCAGAGUUUAAGUUUCAGAGCGUUGUGGCUCAGGACCUCAUCGCCUACUUCCUGCAAUAUUUCCCGGAGCUGCAGGACGCCGCCGUCUCUCAGAGGGAAGGUCUGGAGUUUGAGCGCUGGCUGAGCGGUUGCGGCCCGCCUCCAUUUGAGCCUGACCUGUCAGCAGGGGGCGCUCUGAUCGGGCCGGUGCAGGAGCUGUGCGACCUGUGGAGAGGCGGCGACCCACCCGACCAGCAGACAUUCGCGACCUUCGACCUGUCGGCCUGGAGCACCUUCCAGGUGGUUCUGUUCCUGGACCGGAUGCUGGACCACUCACCGCUGCCGCACGACGUGAUGGUGAAUCUGUCCGCCUGCUACUCGGCGCUGUUCGACGGGCUGAACGCCGAGGUCCAGAUCCGCUGGCUGCAGAUGGUGGUGAGGAACACGUUCUACCCCGACCUGCCGCGGGUCCGAGCCUUCCUGCACAAACACACCUCCAGGAUGUACACCGUGCCGCUUUAUGAAGACCUUGUUGCUGGGGUGAUGAAGUGCGUUGCCGUGGAGAUCUUCUACCAGACGCAGCGCCGCCUGCAUCCCAACCUGCGACGGACGCUGCAGCUGAUCCUGUUCCCCAGCAGCUCGGCUCCGGCCAAUCAGAGCGGCCCGGUUCCGCCCAUCCUGACUGGCUCCGCCCCCUCCGGCUCGCCGCUGCAAAGCCCCGCUGCCACGGCGACGACCUCUGCCUCCGGGACGACGGCCACCAUGGCGCUCAGGGACGUUAAUGUGUCGGCAUGACGGCCGUCCGGGCCCUCAGGGGCCCCGACGGGUCAGAACCAGAACAAUUUCCUUCAUCAUGCCUGCAAACAGCAGAACAUUCUAGAACUUCAUGAAAAUAAUGCGACAGAUUUCCCUUCUCCUCGGUUUGAGGAACCUGGACUGGAUUCUGAUCCAGAACCAGAACCGGACCUGAACACCGGAGCGGCCUUAUCGCCUCACUGUGAAACAAACCCGCUAACUGGACCUGGUCCAGCCAGAUCCUCAGGAACCUGCAGACCCUGAACGCACCGCCACAAUAAAGCGUCUCUAAUUCAAACAGCUGAAAUGAAAUGAAACCUGAUCACAUGACCAAUAAUCUGUAUUGAUUAUCAACCAGCUUCACUCUGCAGACAGUUAAUUAUUCUAUUUAUUCUGUUUUCCUCUAUGGAAAAUAAAAUUUAAAAAAAUCA